CAUGGGUGUGAUGUUUGUUGUUUUAUUUAUGGGCUUCCUGCAAUUCUGUCAAGCGAAUAAAUCUAAUAGCUCUGUAAAUGUUGUUCCUCGAAGAAUCCCGUAUGUAAGUGCUAUAACAAGAUGGAAAAAUAAUGUGAAUUUCAAUAAAGUUCGUGACUAUCAAAAGGAAGCUCGAUUUUGGCCACAGAAAGAAAGUAGAUUUCUAUCUUUAUUUACCGUGGUAACUUUUCCAAACGGCGGCUGUACCGGCGCUUCUGGUGACAACGGCACUUGUAUGACGGCAAGGGAGUGCUCUUCUAGAGGUGGUUCGGCUAAUGGAUACUGUGCUAAUGGGUUCGGACUAUGCUGUAUUUUUAUGACCUCGUGUGGCAGUAGUACCUCGGAAAACGGCACGUACUUUGUGAACUCUGGCUACCCUUCAACUUACGAUGCCACAGGUUCUUGUGAACUUACUGUUGUGAAGUCCCACCCUGACGUCUGCCAAAUAAGGUUAGAUUUGGAUCGAUUCACAAUAGCUGGGCCGGAGAGAAUGAACCACGUGUGUAACCAAGACCAGUUCAUUGUAUCAGGUGGCAACCCUGUACCUGCGAUUUGCGGAUUCAAUCAGGGUGGACAUAUGUACAUCGACGCUGGAAUUGGGACGACAAAUCCCGUGAAACUCACAUUCGUCACGAGCGGCAAUUCGUUUGAGAGAUUAUGGAAAGUAAAAGUUACUCAAAUACCUUGCAGCACCAUUUAUAAAGCUGAUGAAGGUUGUCUACAAUAUUAUACCGGUGUGUCCGGACAACUAAAAUCCUUUAAUUACGACCCGACGUCGGGACGACAGCUAAGCAAUCAGGAUUACGGGAUUUGUAUUCGAAUGGAAAGAAACUUUUGUGGCAUACAAUAUACAGCGUGUAAUGAUCCUGUAAACAAUCGCUCGCGUGCAUUCACUAUAAGUGGAAAUAGCAAUAAUCCCGUUAACGCUAUGAUUGGAUCUGGCGCUGGGCCAAAUAAUUGUGCCAACGAUUGGCUUUUAGUGCCAUGUGCUGCCAAUGUAGGGAGAAUCCAGCCCGCGCAAGCGUUAUGCACCGACCGAAUAUGUGGAGGAACCUUUUCAGCCGAUCUCUCUAUGCAGGCUUCUUCUGUUCUUAGUACCGUGAAGCCUUUUCGCCUUUGGUUCCACACAGACAACGUUGAAGCGCCGGUUGACAUUGACAACAGAGGAUUCUGCAUCAACUACAUACAACAACCCUGCACCAACAAUGUUAUAUAAAUUAUUUUUAAUAUUCUUUUAAUUCAUAUUUUUAUUAUUUUCAUGUAUUCAAUAAACAAACUGUUAAUU